AUGGAUACCGACCGCCGACUCACCAUCAUCCUCGCGACGGUGAUACCCGUCACAUGCGUCCUCAUCCUGGGACUGAGUGUCUACUUCUUUGUACGGCGGCGGAAUGCACAUCUCUUCAAGAGAGGCAUCACCCCCAUCGCCGACGAGGAGAUUGAGACCUGGAAGAUGGAUCGGAACGACAAGGACGACGACGAUGAGAAGGAGAUGAUCCCGGAGCGACGCAACCCCGACACGAGGCAUCACCAGCAGAACAGCUCCGUGAGCUCGGUGCAGAAGCCCGCCAGUGUCAUCGUCUACCAGAACCGCAUGUCAAGCGAGCAGUCGCCUCGCUCGGCCGGCUACCAGGGACACAGCAGCAUGGAUGUACCGCGCACGCCUAUCCUGGCUCGCGCCCCGAAUGCUCGUCCCGGUCUGACCGACGAGACCGUCCGAGGCGACGACGCCUUCAUCCCCCACCUCAAGCGUCAACCAUCGCGCCUCUCCAAGACCCAGACCCAGACGCACAUGCCCCGGACGACGGUACCGCACCACCAGCGUCACCGCAGUGCUUACAGUGCCAUCGGCUCACGCGAUCGCUGGGAGGGCCCAACGCCCGCAGACUACUUCACCAGGCAGUCUGCCGACCUUCCUCGUCGCGGCUCUGCGCCCAGGGCCCCGGACAGGAUAUACACCGCUACCAAGAACAUGCCUCGGAUGUCUUUUGACGAGGCCGGGGCGCCGGGCGGUCUGUCGCCUCGACCCCCUAUCCACCAAUCUGAGAUUGGUCGCGCCAUUGGCUGA